CAGAAAGUGAUAAAACCAGAACAGGCUUCUAGUGCCGUGAAAAAUAUCAACUACGCACCUAAUCAGACCUUGUACAUUACGAAUAUCCCUUCAUCAAAAAUACAGAAAGAUGAUCUGAGACGCACGCUUUAUAUUCUAUUCUCGACCUACGGACCAGUGCUCGACGUUGUUGCUUUACGGACUACCAAGAUGCGCGGGCAGGCGCACAUCGCAUUUCGGGACAUUGAAACAGCCACUAUGGCCAUGAGAGAGUUACAGGGUUUCGAGUUAUUGGGUAUGGAAAUGAAAAUACAAUUUGCCAAAACAAAGUCAGAUGUAAUUGCAAAGUUGGACGGCACUUAUCGCAUGCCAACCCAUGCUGCUUCUACUGCUGGCGCUGUAACUAUUACUGAGUUACAACAAAGUAUUUUUAACGCACCUCCUUCGACUGCUUCCUUACCACCAAAACCACCAGGUACCUUGAGGCCACCCGGAGAUAGUAUCACAGAUGGCGCUAAAAGUCCAAACGCAAGUAUCUCUGGGCGCAAGAGAGAGCGGGAAGAAGAAAAUGAAGCUGAGGAGGAUAGUGAAGGGGACGUUUCCAUGGACGAAGAUAGUGAUGACGAAUAA